AUGAUGACGGACGGCUGGCCGCCGCCGCUGCUGCUGCUGCUGGCUCUCCUCGCCAUUGCGGGAGGCGGCCUCGGGGCAGACACAGAGGAGCGGCUGGUGGAGCAUCUCCUAAACCCGGCCCACUACAACAAACUGAUCCGUCCUGCAACUAAUGGCUCCGAGCUGGUUACUGUGCAGCUGAUGGUGUCGUUGGCCCAACUCAUCAGUGUGCAUGAAAGAGAGCAGGUGAUGACCACUAAUGUCUGGCUGACACAGGAGUGGCAGGACUAUCGUCUGACUUGGGUCCCUGAGGAGUUCGAUGGAAUGAUGAAGGUCAGGCUGCCCUCAAAACACAUCUGGCUGCCUGAUGUGGUGCUCUACAACAAUGCCGAUGGGGUGUACGAGGUGUCUUUCUACUCUAAUGCAGUUGUCUCCUACGAUGGCAGCAUCUUUUGGUUGCCCCCGGCCAUCUAUAAGUCAGCCUGUAAGAUCGAGGUCAAGCACUUUCCCUUUGACCAGCAGAACUGCACGCUGCGCUUCCGCUCCUGGACCUACGACCGCACCGAGAUUGAUCUGGUGCUCCGCGCCGAUGUGGCCAGCAUGGAUGACUUCACGCCCAGCGGGGAGUGGGACAUCAUCGCCCUGCCAGGUAGACGAAACGAGAACCCAGCUGACCCAACCUACGUGGACAUAACAUAUGACUUCAUCAUCCGACGGAAGCCUCUAUUUUAUACCAUUAAUCUCAUCAUCCCGUGUGUCCUCAUCACCUCGCUGGCCAUCCUGGUCUUCUACCUGCCCUCAGACUGUGGAGAGAAGAUGACUCUCUGCAUCUCAGUGUUGCUGGCUCUCACUGUGUUCCUGCUGCUGAUCUCCAAGAUCGUACCACCCACCUCACUGGAUGUCCCUCUGGUGGGGAAGUACCUGAUGUUCACAAUGGUCCUGGUAACCUUCUCUAUCGUCACCAGUGUGUGUGUGCUCAACGUGCACCACCGCUCGCCAACCACACACACCAUGCCCCCUUGGGUUAAACUGGUGUUCCUCAACAAGCUUCCUGCCUUGCUCUUUAUGCGCCAGCCUAGGAACAGCUGCGAGCGCCAGCGGCUGCGCCAAAGAAGGAGAGCCCAGGAGCAGAAGGAGGGUGGGCGCAGUGGGGGGGCAGGGGCCUUGAUGGUGGGUCUCGGGCUGGGUAGUGCUGGCGGUAACGGAGGGGGAACAACCACAGGGGUAUUCGGCAAAGAGGACACUGACCCUUGUACCUGCUAUGUGAACCGUGCAUCUGUUAAACAGUUUGGAGGGGAUUUGGGAGGUGCAGGAGGUGAAUCCAUGGAUGGUCUGAACAGGGUGAGGGAUGGCCGGGAAGGGGGCACCGGAAACCUGUCAAGGGGGCAGCAAGCAGCAGGAGGUCCUGCUCUGACUCAGGCCCUGUUGGCUCAAGCCUGUCCAGGCUUUGAGGAGGCUGUGGAAGGAGUACGCUUCAUUGCCAACCACAUGAAGAGUGAAGAUGAUGAUCAAAGUGUGAGCGAGGACUGGAAGUAUGUUGCCAUGGUGAUUGACCGCCUCUUCCUGUGGAUCUUUGUGUUUGUGUGCGUGUUCGGCACAAUGGGCAUGUUCCUGCAGCCGCUCUUCCAGAAUUACACAGCCAAGACCAUCACCAGCUCGCCAGGCUGA